AUGUAUUUCUCAUCACCCACAGCCAACAUUACACCGGCUAUGACAUCGGUGCACAUGUCGCGCUCGGAUUCUCGUGACUCGACAAGCUCCAUGUCCAAUGGCUUUUCAUACGCACAAACAACUGCUUAUACCGCACUCCUGAGCGCCUCACCUUCAUCCUCAUGGAUGACUGCUCAUCCUCUUGUGCGGUCUGAUAGCAACACUUCAACCACCACCUCUCAAACAUCCUGCACUUCCUCGCCUCGCACAUCUAUUGCUAUGCGACGUGACAGCAGCAAUUCAAGUUGGCUUCCCAGCCCAUACAGAUCAUGUCAAUCAUCCUUUGGUACCGAGGCAAACUCCUACCUCUCAGAUGAUGACCUUCUUUGCCCCAUCGACGACCUCUCUCUACCAGUUGAGACCAUCCCAAGCAUCUCUCCCAAAAAGGAGCUCACCACUGAGGAGCAAAUCGCUCUUCUACGUGAGAUUCAGGAGAAGGAGGCUUCUCAACACAGUGCUUUCGCUCAUGCAACCGAGCCAAAACGCAAGGUCGUUCGAUUUGCAAGCCACGGUGAAUCUUCCUCAAGAAGACCCAGCACCAUCAAGCGUCGUCAGACUUCAACUCGACGUGGAUUGAGUCACCUCAACGGACCUCAAUAG